AUGGCGAGGCUGAACUCAUCGCUUCACAACGCCCUCUGUUUGUUAAAACCCUUUAACACUCUCCUCACUACAAAACCAUUUUCUCCAAGAAACAGCUUCAGAUUCUCCAAAAGGCUCGCUUCUUCCCCGAGGAGAGCUCUCCACUCUACUUCCACCCUCGAAAGCCAUGAAAACGGUGAAACAUUCGUCCUCACUACUCCUCUUUAUUACGUAAAUGCCCCUCCCCACAUGGGUAGUGCCUACACCACCAUCGCCGCCGAUUCAGUCGCCCGUUUCCAAAGGUUACUUGGCAAGAAAGUUAUCUUUAUCACAGGAACAGAUGAGCAUGGUGAGAAGAUAGCUACAUCAGCAGCUGCUAAUGGACGCAACCCUGCUGACCAUUGUGAUCUCAUUUCUCAAUCUUAUAGAACUCUUUGGAAAGAACUCGAUAUAGCUUAUGAUAAGUUUGUCAGAACCACUGAUCCUAAGCAUGAAGCUAUCGUGAAAGAGUUUUACGCUAGAGUUUUCGCAAACGGUGAUAUAUACACAGCUGAUUAUGAAGGACUUUACUGUGUUAACUGUGAGGAAUAUAAGGAUGAGAAAGAGCUGCUUGAAAACAGUUGUUGUCCUGUCCAUCAAAUGCCAUGUGUUGCAAGGAAGGAAGAUAACUACUUCUUUGCUCUAUCCAAAUAUCAGAAACAACUUGAAGAAGUUUUGUCUCAGAAUCCUCUUUCUGUGCAGCCUUCAUACCGUCUAAACGAGGUGCAAAGUUGGAUAAAGAGUGGGUUAAGGGAUUUUUCGAUAUCUCGAGCACUAGUUGAUUGGGGAAUCCCUGUUCCUGAUGACGAUAAGCAAACCAUUUAUGUUUGGUUUGACGCUCUGUUGGGUUACAUAUCAGCUUUAACAGAGGACAAUGGGCAAAAAAAUCAAGACACUGCCGUUUCAUUAGGCUGGCCUGCUUCGUUGCAUUUGAUAGGGAAAGAUAUUCUGCGAUUUCACGCAGUCUAUUGGCCUGCUAUGCUAAUGUCUGAUGGUCUCAGUCUUCCAAAGAUGGUGUUUGGCCAUGGAUUUCUAACAAAGGAUGGAAUGAAGAUGGGAAAAUCAUUGGGGAACACUCUAGAACCUUUUGAGCUGGUUCAGAAGUUUGGUCCAGACGCUGUCAGGUACUUCUUCAUCAGGGAGGUGGAGUUUGGAAACAAUGGGGAUUAUUCAGAAGACCGCUUUGUUAAAAUUGUCAAUGCACAUCUCGCCAACACAAUAGGAAACCUCCUUAACCGUACUCUUGGCCUUCUUAAGAAGAACUGUGAGUCUACUUUAGCCGUGGAUUCGACUAUAGCAGCUGAAGGAAUCCCUUUGAAAGACACAGUGGAGAAGCUGGUUGAGAAAGCUAAGACAAACUAUGAAAGCCUGUCAUCAUCAACGGCGUGUGAGGCUGUGUUAGAGAUUGGGAAUGCAGGAAACUCCUACAUGGAUCAAAGCGCACCUUGGAUGCUUUUCAAACAAGGUGGUGUCUCAGCAGAAGCUGCAGCCAUGGAUCUGGUGAUUAUACUUGAAGUAAUGAGAAUCAUAGCGGUUGUGUUAUCCCCUGUUGCUCCUUGCUUAAGCUUUGAGGAUAUAUUCACAGCUUGGCUAGGUGAUACUAAGUGGGGAGGGCUUAAGGGUGGACAAGUGAUGGCGCAAGCGAAUCCAGUUUUUACAAGGAUUGAGCUGAGUGCAGAGGAGAAGAAGGUGAAGGAUAGUAAUAAGAAGGGAAAAGCUAAGGUCAAAGUAGAGAAACCUCAGGCUGUAGCAGAAGCUUAG